AUGGAUUGGAUGACUGAGAAAAGUGAUGAAUUUUAUGGAUUAGGAUCCAAAAAACCAAAUAAAGUUAUUCCUCAAUGCCCUAAAUGCGAGAAGGUGCAUAGAGGAGAGUGCCUAUUUGGGAAAAAUGUGUGCUAUCGAUAUGGCCAAGAAGGACAUUUUGCCCCGAAUUGCAAGGCAUACCCACCUAAAAAAGAUCUUGAGCAAGGGAAGAAAGUGAGAGCCAAAGUUUUUACUUUAACUCAGGAAGAAGCAAAAGAGGAUUCGAACGUAAUGGCAGGUAUUCUAUUAAUAUUUGAACUACCUGCAUAUGUUCUUAUAAACUCAGAAGCUACUCAUUCAUUUGUUUCUACCACUUUUAUUGCUAAAUCAUGUGUUGCAUAUGAGAAAAUCGAUAGUCUUCUAGAAAUUUCCAUCCCAUCAGGUAGAAUUAUGAACACUAAUCAGAUCGCUAAGGCAGUGAAGUUAGAAAUGAAUGGAAAAGAAUUAAAGGCUGAUUUAUACCUCCUAGACAUGAAAGACUUCGACGUCAUUCUAGGAAUGGAUUGGUCGGGAAGCAACCAUGCAACCAUUCGAUGUUUUGAAAAAGAAGUAAUUUUUCAAAAGCUUGGGGAGGAAAAGUUUCGAUUUUGUACUGUACGAGUUAAAUCUUUACCUAGACUUGUAUUAGUCAUGAAGGCAGAAAAGAUGUUAAAGAAAAGAUCUUGCCAGGGAUUUCUGGUGAGUAUACAUGGAACUCAGCAUUCAGAACUUACUAUUGGUAAUGUGCCAAUUGUACGAGAUUUCAUUGAUGUAUUCCCUGAUGACUUACCUAGCGUACCACCUGAUAGACAAUUAGAGUUUACAAUUGACCUCGUACCCGGAGCAUCUCCAGUAACUAAAGCUCCAUACAGGAUGGCACCAAAAGAACUUCAAGAAUUAAAGAUACAUUUACAGGAAUUGUUGGAUAAAGGUUACAUCUGA